AUGAAUGAAAUGAUGUGGAAAACAGGAAAGGAGGAUCCGUCGCUGCUGGAACAGAAUGCGGCCAACAUAACCGGCACGCCGAUGGAACCGCCACCGCUGUCCUGUUACAACUGGCAGUGUGUGGCAGAUAGCUCUGAGAUGGAAACACAAGCGGCAACCAGGAAGACUUUUGCACAAAUUCUAGCUCCAAGGAAGGAAAUUCAUCCGCCGAGUUUGGUGAAACCAUGUUUGAAAGGGGACUCGAUAUGCAUCAAAAUAAGUCAGGAUGAAUAUGUUAAAGGAGCAGAGGAAUGCAAAUUCAAUCUCCAUGAACGAGUUGUCACGGCAAAAGGGCAAAGAGCUCUCACAGCUAAGGAAAUCAUUGAGAAAUUAAACGCUGUUUGGAAAUUGUUUGCUCCGUGGCGGCUAACAACGUUGGGGAAGGGAUUUGUGGAGAUUUGGUUUGCGAGUGAAGAAGAUAAAAGGAGAGCAUGGUCGAUGGACUCUUACAAUCUGAGGCCGGGAAUCAUUUGA